CGUUGUGUGUAGAAAAACGUCACAACCAGAACCGAAUCGAGAGUAAAUAGAUAAAUAAAAUUAAAGUUCGUACGCGUUUUUGUUGGCAAUAUGGUUUCGCGUUUCGAUCAACAAAAGACCAAGCAUCAGCUCUUCCACGUGUCCAUCAGUCUGGCCACUAUACUGAUAUGCAUGACCUACAUGCAGUAUCGCCGAAAUUGGGCUCAUCUCGGCAGCUUCUGGGAUUCACUAAUCGUUCCCAUAGUUUUUAUUGGCGAGCUACUUAAAGUAAUACUGGCCCGAUUCUUCGGACGCAUUGAGGACGGCGUUUUAACAGUCAAGCAGCGUCAGAAAAAGGCUGCAUAUUUUACGCCACGCGAAUUGUUUGGUGGCCUCACAUUGCAAUUUCUGUGUACGCUGCUCUACGCUUUUAUCUGCAUCAUUCUGGGUGCACCAGUGUUGGCAAACUACGAGCAGACAUUUGUGUUAUCACUGCUGAUGACGCUGCUGACAGUUUCGCCCACAGUUUUCCUACUGGGUGGCGGAGGAGCUCUGCAGGUGUGUUUCUGUGAGAAGCCCGAUUUUAUAACCAAGUGCGAGGAUACGGCUCUACAUCUGUUCAAGUACAACGCUCUGGGCGGCAUUCUGGGCGCUUGGGCUGGCAGUGUGGUGGCCCCUUUGGACUGGGGGCGUGAUUGGCAAGUCUAUCCCAUACCAAAUGUAAUUGGAGCACUGCUCGGCAGCGCUAUGGGAAACAUUUAUGCCUGCACGCAUGUUUUGUAUAUGUGCGGACGAGUUUACAUGAGCAAGAAACGUUCUUAAAGAUAAUAAUGUAUUCAAUGUAUCCUGCCACCAAGAUAAUUACGUUGCGCUGCCAACACAUCCACAUUCAAAGAAGAAAUCCGCAUCGUCGUCGUCUUUGUCGUCGCCGUCGUCUAGUCAACAGCUUAAGAUAUAAAUACAUAAAUAUAUACCAAAAAGCAAUUAACAGUACUUUAAUGUUACCAGUUUAAGCAAUUUAUUAGCAUGUACAAUUAAUUCAUUUCUAAAUCGAUCAACUAAUAAACUAACAAUUAACACAGA